AUGACGAGCUCUUCCUUCGUAGAAGAACCAGCUCCACGAGCUCAUCGGCAGUGCCGAAGGAGAUCACCACCGACGGGGUGGAGUUCGGGAGAUCUUAUUCCAAAGGGGACGCCGCCGCCACCACUCGACGCCAUCACCGGAAACCGGACCCGAGGGCCGUCGCCGGACCCGAGGGCCGUCGCCGCCGCGCACGACGCCGACCACCCCCUGCAACUGCUGCACCCGAGGCCGUCACCGACGCCUCGAACACCGGCCCCAUCCAGAAGCCGCACCCGACGCCUACCCCCCGUCUGCAGGAGCCGCGAGAGCCGGCCCCCCUCACCCGCAGGCGCCAUGGAGGUCGCCGGCGAGGAGGGGAUCCGUCCCCAUGGCCUCCUGCCGGAGAGGACGCCGAGCAGAGAAGCUGAGGAGGGGCAAAAGAAGCGGCCACCUCGCCACUACUGA